GCUGGGGCGAGCAUGUCUGGUCGGGGUAAGGGCGGUAAGGGGCUCGGCAAGGGCGGCGCCAAGCGCCACCGCAAGGUGCUGCGCGACAACAUCCAGGGCAUUACCAAGCCGGCCAUCCGCCGCCUGGCUCGGCGCGGCGGCGUCAAACGCAUCUCGGGGCUCAUCUACGAGGAGACGCGCGGCGUGCUCAAGGUGUUCCUGGAGAACGUGAUCCGCGACGCCGUCACCUACACGGAGCACGCCAAGAGGAAGACGGUCACGGCCAUGGAUGUAGUCUACGCCCUCAAGCGCCAGGGUCGCACCCUCUACGGCUUUGGCGGCUAAACUCAAAAAACUUACAUUGUCAGAAACAUCAAGGCUCUUUUCA